GGUAAUGGAGUGUGUCGCAACGAUUUGUGCGGUCUCAGUUUCGAAUCGUUUCAUAUUUCUCGCAAUCGUUGCCAUUCGAAAGUGAAUCUCGCGUGCGAAGAGUAAUCGGGCGUGUGUCGUAAAGUAUCAAGUAUUAGUUUUGCCAAAUAGUGCUGUAACAUCGUAAUUUUUAUAUCGACAAUUCGUCCCAUUUGGAGGCCCGGCGAUUAUCGAAAUCAUCUACCAUUAGACGUUAUUUUCUCUCGAAAUGUAAGGAAAGUACGAUGAAUCCCGGAAUUAUCGUCAGACUGACGGAGUGCUGGCAUUGAUCGCGGAGUAAUUUACUUCUGUGUCAAGGUCUUAGUAUUGGUUCAUCGCGGAGGUUGCAAAGGCGAACAUCAUUAUCGGAAUAAUGAAGAGAGAAGCCGAGGCUGGCGCUAUGACAGGUUCUGGAGGUCCAACGAGUCCUCACAAGCGCUAUCGACAGGGUGACGAUGAGCUUCGUCUUCUCAUCCCGAGUAAGGUUGCCGGUUCGAUAAUCGGCAAGGGUGGCCAAAACAUCACCAAACUCAGGAGUCAGUACAAAGCCUCAAUCAUUGUACCCGAUUGCCCCGGACCCGAACGGGUACUUACCAUCAGCUCGGACCUGCCCACCGUUUUGCAAGUGCUGAACGAGGUCGUACCUAAUUUGGAAGAGACACGAUUUCAGAACGGCUCCCGUCAUGGCAGCGACGAGAUCGAUGUGCGCAUGUUGGUGCAUCAGAGCCAAGCAGGAUGUAUCAUCGGCAAAGGGGGUCUGAAAAUCAAGGAGCUCCGUGAGAAAACCGGAGCCAGGAUCAAGAUCUAUUCCAACACCUGCCCCCGCAGUACGGAUCGCCUCAUCAGCAUCUGCGGGAAACCCACGACGUGCAUCGAAUGCAUACGCGAAUUGAUCGCCACCAUUAAGACCUCACCGUUAAAGGGUGUGAACAACCCUUACGACCCGCACAAUUUUGACGAUUAUUAUGCCGAUGAUUACGGCGGCUAUGGCAACGCAGAUGGUAAUCAGGGCAAGGUCGGUGGAUUCGGCGGCCCUGGUGGUCGCGGUGCUGGCGGUGGAGGCGGCGGCGGCAAUAGCGCUGGUGCCGGAGGUAACGCUGGCAGCGGAAUGCCUCCCAGACGCGACAAUCGCGGCAGCGGUCCUGGUGACAUGAAUCGCGGCUUUCCGCCGCCAUCGAGAGGCGGUCCGCGCGGCAACAGCGGCGGAGGAAUGUCCGGUGGCCCACCGGAUCGUGGAUACGGCGGUAACUCCCGCGUAGGCAACAGCGGUGGCGGAGGCGGUUAUGACGGUGGCCGCGCCGGCGGUGGAUAUGGUGGAAACCGAGGCGGACCGCCACCCUACGCAAGCGGAAAUUACAACGGUGAUGGAUGGGGUAUGCAAGGAGGCGCGCCUAAUGGCCUAGGUGGCGGUGGUAACUUGGGGAUGAGUGGUGGCCCACCUAUGGGUGGAAACAAUCAAGGCAACCAGGGCAACAUGAGCGGAAACAAGACCAGUACACAAGUCACCAUUCCCAAAGACUUGGCCGGAGCCAUAAUCGGCAAAGGCGGUGCACGGAUCAGAAAAAUCAGGUCCGACAGUGGUGCCGGAAUAACUAUAGACGAGCCACUGCCUGGCAGUAAUGAUCGUAUCAUUACUAUUACCGGGAUUCCCAAUCAGAUACAAAUGGCCCAGUACCUACUGCAGCAGAGUGUACACGAGAAUGCAGAUCAUUACUAAGCCAUAGGUGCAUUCGGGGGAGGGGGAGCCAAAGAUGCGUUUUUUUUGUAAUUUUUUUUUAGAAAUAUUUCUUGGGUAAACAUGUAAACGUUGAGAAAGUGGAAACUGAAACAAGUACACACGCUGACAUGCACCCACGAAAACAACUUCUGGCAGAGCGCUAUGCGCAGGAGGAUGAUAUGUAGAAUUUAUACAUAUAUAAAUACACCACACGUGAAUCACCCUCUCCCAGGAAGAGAAACGCUUAAUGGUCUAUGCUAACGUGACCUUGAUGUAGCGAGAUACUAUUCUCAAGGAUGGUAACCGCCCAUCGCAGCCUGCAAAGUAAAUUGAUCUAUGAAUCGAGUACCGCUAACAUUUUCGAUGUCGGCCUUUUUUUUUUUUAGUAUAGAACUCUUUUAUUGGUAUCGUGUCCAAGGCACAUAUACAUACCCUGUCGAUGUGACAGCGGGAGGGGUUUCAAACUGGCGAGCAAUCGCAUCGUGUUCCCCGAUGUUAGCAUUCCCGAGAAAACGUAUUUAUCGCUUGAAAGAGAAAUCCAAAGAAUGAUCCCUUCUCUACCGUAAUAGCGCGAGCUUUUACGUCGAGACAUUGUAUCUCCCUCUUUUUCUCUCUUUUUUAAAUUAUCGUUAGAUCUUGUUCCCUUUCAUCUGACGGAAUUAACGUUUUAAUUUCGAAUUAUAGUGUGUCACCGAAUAAUCGAGACGCUGGCGCGAAACAGCCAAUUUGAAAUCGUUUAUAUGCGAAAGCGACUCCUGAACAUCGAGACCUGACAACGCACACUUUUUCCCCUUACGUUUUUUUUCAACUUUUUGAUAAAUUUUUUACAAAUAUUAAUCUUCUCUAUUGAAAUGUAAGAGUAAAUGCACAUAGAGUGAAUGCGAAGGCAACAGUGUCGAAAGGGCGAGGAGGUUGCAGCGAUGAAGAACGAGAGAGAAAGAGAGAGAAAAAAAGAUUUCAUACUAGGCAAAAUAUAUUUGCAAGAGAAAAGAAGUAACAAAAAUAUAUCGCGAAAAGAAACUGUACAUAAGACCCACUAACAUUUUUUCCCCUUCCUUAAUUGCCGCAUACACCGUUUCUCUGCUGUUGCAUUAUUAUAUAUUAUUGUAGUUACUAUAUAUUGAUUAUUAUUAUCAUACAAUUUAUUGAUAAGGAUAUCUAUUACGUUAUUAUAUCCCACCCUAAAUCUGCACUAAUUACAUCUUUAUCUAUAGGAACGCAUAAGUUACGUUCUUAGUGUUAUAAUUAGUAAAAGUAAUUAGGCUUUACCUAACGAAGAGACAUGUAAGUAAAUAUAAAGGGGCACCAUCGGCGGAGAGGAAAACCAAACGGUUUAGGAAUGAAAUCGAUAUUGAAUCUGCAACGAAGUCUAUUGUGUAUUAGUUGUAUAAUAUAUUUUGAUAAAAAAUGAUGUUAUCAUGUCCGAAUUAUUUUCUAACGAUGACUCAAAUGAAGCGUAUUUUUCAGUUUGUUACUCAUUCGCCUCUAUAGUUAUUUUUCUAUUAUAUAUUGUACAGAGAACAUCUCUCUUACACGAGAGAACGUGAGAUGUAGAUUAUUGAAACGAGACGAUGCUGUUGCCGUUAUGAUAUUGAGCAGCUAGAAUCCUUUAUCACGAUCAUCCUCGUCAAUAUGUGUAAAAUCUACGAUUCGAAACUUCACACAAAGAUACAACUGCAGUCUCAAAAGUAAUAUACGUCGAGUUCGACGUAUAACAUGAUCUGUAAAUAUAUACCUGUAACGUAGCAAUAGCACUAUCUUGUGAAACGCAACUCUGCUCGAACGAUUGUAUUUUUUAACAAAUAUCGGCCGUAUAGAUAAUUUUUUCCAAGUACAAUUAAACAAUUGUACCGAAAAAGCAUUAUCUAGUGCAGCCGUUCGAGCGAUCGUGAUUGAAGAACCGCCCCGAAGAAUAAAGAAUUUAAUUCUCGAACUAGAAGAAGUUAUGAUUAUCAUGACGCAUGUCGAACUGUAUAACCUUGACCUUGAUAAAAGCAACUGUGGUCAUUCUAAUGUUACGAUCGUCGUUUCCAGUUUUCCCGUUACCGAUGGCCCCGCGUUAACUCGUAAUAUUAUUUUUUCCUCUCUCUCUCUUCGAAUCCUGAAUAUAUUUAGUCUGAUCAGUAAUCCAGUCAUUAUCCCUUUCCUCCCCCUCCCCCUCCCCCUUUCCCUCUCCUUUUCCUUCUUUUAUCGGGGUACAUACAAAAGGGCAUUUUUAAGCAUCUUGACAGUGUCCGUUAUAGAUGACAGCGUACCGACCACUAAACACGUGAUUCGUCACAUACGGAUGUAAAUCUGUGCGUGCGAUGAAUCUUACAUAGAUUUAAAAAUGUCCCAUAUUUUUUACAGCAACGGAUUUCGAUCGACUGUUCACAGAAAAAAAACUGCUACGAUUUUUCAUAAUGAGAUUUUCUUAUUUUUUUAUAAUAGUUAUUUUUUAGUUUGCACUCUGUAUCAUUGUUCAAUUCGGGUUUAGAAUACCGAGAGAGAGAGAAAGAGAAAUCUGAAUUUUUUUUUUCUCUUCUAAUACGUUGUGUUACAUUAUAUAUUUAUUUUGUAUCCUUUGGAGAAUUAGAUCAGCUAAUAUUAAUCAUUUUGAUGAUUUCAACGUAGAAGAAAAAAACGUCAGGAUUAUUGACCUGUGAACAGUUUUGCGGAAUUGCCUUGGUCUGCCAAAGUAUUAUAUAAGGAUCUUUUUUUUUGAAAUUCAAACAGACGUGCGACCCCGUAAACGAGAGAAACUGAAUCAAAAUUGUUUCGCGUGAAGCUUCGUCUGCGUGUAUGCAUUUUUCUUUUAACACACUUGUUAGAUGUAAUCCGUUUCACACUAUACGACGAGAGAGGCACGCGUGUGUGUGUGCGAAUGUAGUGUGAGAGAGUGCAUGUAUAGAUGCCUGUCCGAGAGCAUGGAGGAAAUAUAUUAAUGCCAGAUAUAUAUAAAUUGAUUAUUACAGAGAGAAAGAGAAUCGGGUUUUUGCGAGGUAAAGACGUGCGAGCACCACGAUUAUAAGUGGAAGAGAGCGAGAGAGAGAGAAAGUGAGCGCUAUACACUCGUUCGUAUCACGAUGUGUACUGUAUAAGAUAUACAGUUUACAAUUAUUUGUAACGGAUACUUUUUAUUUGUCAAAUAAAAGUUAGUACAAA